GCCGCCGCCAUCUGUCAUCUCCAGCUCUGGCACCAGCAAAGCCUUCGUCCCCCGCCCCGUCCUGCCACCUCUCUCCUCGACGGAGGCCACUUCCCUGCACUGCCAUUCCUCUGCCCUCUCUCCUCUUUGUCGUCGGCUUCCGUCUCCUCCCAUGGAUCUGGUCAAAGUGUCAUCGCCUGAGCCCGGGCCAGCAGCGUCCUGGGGACCCGGCAAGUGUCCAUGGGCUACCUCUCAAAGUACAUCUUGUUCUUUAGCUGAUGUAAUGAGUGAACAAUUGGCCAAAGAAUUGCAAUUAGAAGAAGAAACUGCUGCUUUCCCUGAAGUGGAUGUUGCUGAAGGACCAUUUAUUACUGGAGAAAACAAUGACACUUCCAGUGACCUAAUGCUGGCUCAGAUGCUACAGAUGGAAUUUGACAGAGAAUAUGAUGCACAGCUUAGGCGUGAAGAAAAAAAAUUCAAUGGAGAUAGCAAAGUCUCCAUUUCCUUUGAAAAUUAUCGAAAAGUGCAUCCUUAUGAAGACAGUGAUAGCUCUGAAGAUGAGGUUGACUGGCAGGAUACUCGCGAUGAUCCCUACAGAGCAGCAAAACCAGUUCCUACACCCAAAAAGGGUUUUAUUGGAAAAGGAAAAGACAUCACCACAAAACAUGAUGAAGUAGUAUGUGGAAGAAAGAAUACAGCCAGAAUGGAAAAUUUUGCACCAGGGUUUCAGGUAGGAGAUGGAAUUGGAAUGGAUUUAAAGCUGUCAAACCAUGUUUUCAAUGCUUUAAAACAACAUGCCUACUCAGAAGAACGUCGAAGUGCCCGCCUCCAUGAGAGAAAAGAACAUUCUACUGCUGAAAAAGCAGUUGAUCCUAAGACACGUUUGCUUUUAUAUAAAAUGAUCAAUUCUGGAAUGUUGGAAACAAUCACCGGCUGUAUUAGUACAGGAAAGGAAUCUGUUGUCUUUCAUGCAUAUGGAGGGAGCAUGGAGGAUGACAAGGAAGAUAAUAAAGUAAUACCUACAGAAUGUGCCAUCAAGGUUUUUAAAACAACUCUUAAUGAAUUUAAGAAUCGUGACAAAUAUAUUAAAGAUGACUUCAGGUUUAAAGAUCGCUUCAGUAAACUAAAUCCACGUAAGAUCAUCCGCAUGUGGGCAGAAAAAGAAAUGCACAAUCUUACAAGAAUGCAGAGAGCUGGAAUUCCUUUUCCAACAGUGGUAUUGCUCAAGAAACACAUUUUAGUUAUGUCUUUUAUUGGCCAUGAUCAAGUUCCAGCCCCUAAAUUAAAAGAAGUAAAGCUCAGUAGUGAAGAAAUGACAGAUGCCUACUAUCAAACAGUUCAUUUGAUGCAGCAGUUAUAUAAUGAGUGCACACUAGUACAUGCUGACCUCAGUGAGUAUAACAUGCUGUGGCAUGCAGGGAAGGUUUGGUUGAUUGAUGUCAGUCAGUCUGUAGAACCAACCCAUCCUCAUGGCCUGGAGUUCUUGUUUCGUGACUGUAGAAAUGUCUCGCAGUUUUUCCAGAAAGGAGGAGUAAAGGAAGCCCUGAAUGAACGGGAGCUCUUCAAUGCAGUUUCAGGCCUAAACAUCUCUGCAGAUAAUGAAGCUGAUUUCUUGGCUGAGAUUGAAGCUUUGGAGAAAAUGAAUGAAGAUCAUGUUCAGAAGAACGGGAGGAAAGCUGCUUCAUUUCUGAAAGACGAUGUUGGUCCACCAUGUCUAGAUAAAGAAUAGUAACGAUACCCAUUGCUUUCAGUGUUUACACAGUGACGAUUGUCAGCUGCCAAUGGCAAAUGAAGUUAUAGGUGACUUGAAAUACCAAACAUGAAGAGUGUACAAUGGUGCUUAUAUGCUUUUCCCCUUGUAACUCAUAAGCCAGAUGUGUGGGAAUUUUAGCUCAGCACUGAGAGAAUAAAAUGUCACUACCUCUCAUCUGACCAACAGGAUAUUCUUUAACAACAAGCAUUCUAGCUGAAAUAGAGGUGAUUUUGUAGGAUAUAUGGCCAAAACGUCUGCUGGAAAUUUUUAAAACUUAGACAACGCUUUCAAAUCUAGGAGGAAAAGAGAGAUGUUUACAAGGGAGGUUUUUAUUACAACCUUUUUGCUAUUUCUCCUCCCUGUUUUGCCUUGCAGCUUCCCCAAAUGUUUUAUUGGUCUAAAUAAAAUUAACACAUCUCAAUUCUUUUUCCAGACCAUGGACCAUGAUUCUAAAGAAAACUUAUUCUUUCAGUAGAUACUGUAAAUUAAAUUACGUGAGCUGGAGAGAAGACACAGGGUUUCGGUACUUGCCUUGCAUAUGGCUGACAUUAGUUUGAUUCCUGGCACCUCAAGGUCCCCUAACCACUGCCUGGAGUAGACAGCAGAAUGCUUUUUAUUGGCUCACAAGGACUAUAAAUGUUGCUUUCAGAUUCAUAAUUAAGAAAGGGCAUCAUAGGUCUCUAAAAGGGAUAAACAUGUAAGAGCUGCUUAACUAUCCAAUUUUUACACUUUGACUUUCAGUUUUUCUUCACUUAGGUGAAAUAAUUGGAAUGUAACUCGUGGUGAGGCUGUUCUGUUUUACAAUGCAAAUAUAAAUUAUCCAGAUAGACAGAAAAUAAGAUUUAACCAUGUUUGAUAUAUUUUAAUGAAAUCAGUGAAAAAAGUUGUUUACUUUUAUUUACAUUAUUAUAGUUACUGAUUCAGAGAUAUGUAGCAAGCGAUUUAAAGGUACUAAGUAGUCAAGUGAUGAAAAACGUAAAAGCUAACUCAGGAACUAAAUUUACCACCAGAUUUGAACUA